GGACAUGAUGCUUCUGUCGUCCAUGAUUGGCCCGGCUAAGCCGCCGACUGCCACUACGGAAGACAUCGCGGACGCUGGCGGUAUCUGUGUCAUUGGUGAUGAUGCGAUUGUGGCAGAUGGAGACAGGUGUUUGGUGUGCUUGUCGGACUUCGCGCCGAAUGAGGUGUGUAGGAAGUUGACCAAGUGCGGGCAUUUGUUCCAUAAGGAGUGUAUUGAUCAAUGGCUUACUACUGGACGGAACUCGUGUCCGCUGUGCAGAGAGCAGGGUGUCAAGGAGAAGCAUGCCGAAGCCCCUGCUCCUGCUCCGGAAGCGGGUGCAGCCGAAGCACCAUCGGUGCCAGAUGCGGUGGCUCAGGAAUAAGUUAUUUGUUGAAACGGGAAGGGAAAUACAGGGCUGGGAUUCGAAGAUGGAUAUCGACGGAAGGGAAGGUUGUACGUUAUUGCAUGGUUACGGGGAUAAUAGCACACAUUGUCAUUGGUUUUUUGGACUUACUUUUGUUGAGGUAUAUUAGCGUUGUUUGGCAUGG